AUGUUGCUUCUUUCUUCUCUUAUCAUCCGCCAUCUCCUCCUUAUCGAACCAUUUUGCGUCGCCGGAAAGAAGCAAAAUAGAGAGAGGCUCGUUUGUGAGCCGCGAAUUAGGGUUUUUACGAGAAAAGAGGGGUUUUCGAAUCAUACAAUUUCACGAUUCAGAUCGGGAUUUUUGCUACUUUGGCCGUAGACUUUUGACUUACUUUCUUGCUGUUUCCAGUGGUAGAAUUUUGUUAUCUGGAACUAGAAUGGUGCUCACUACUUCUUUGAUGGAAACAUUUGGUGCAUCGAUUUCAGAGGCGAGGGAUGCUGCAACCGCAAAUUCUAAUGGUGAAAAUGAAAUAGAGGGUUUCAAGCAACGCGUUGAUGAGAUAAUUUCAAAAGUUGACAAGCUUGAGCAGAAAGUACAUGAUAUAGAGAAUUUUUACUCGAGUAUGAAUAAAAACCAAACAAGCACGCCCAAAGGUAACUCAGCAGCAAAGGAUAAAGAUAAGGAGAAACAUGUUCCAAGUAUUAAGAAGCAACAGCAGGAUGCCUCUCGUAGAGAAGCGGCUGCUUCAAAAAGAAUGCAAGAUCUUAUGCGUCAGUUCGGCACAAUUCUACGCCAGAUCACACAACACAAGUGGGCUUGGCCUUUUAUGCAGCCUGUGGACAUAGAAGGCCUUGGUUUACAUGAUUAUUAUGAGGUCAUUGACAAGCCCAUGGAUUUCAGUACUAUUAAGAAUCAAAUGGAGGCCAAGGAUGGUACUGGAUAUAAGCAUGUUCGGGAAAUAUGUGCUGAUGUGAGGUUGGUUUUCAAGAAUGCUAUGAAAUAUAACGACGAAAGAAGUGAUGUUCAUGUGAUGGCAAAAACUUUGUUGUCAAAGUUUGAGGAGAAAUGGUUGCAACUUUUACCUAAAGUUACUGAAGAGGAAACAAGACGAGAAGAGGAAGAAGCUGAAGCACAGCUAGCCUUGCAAGUUGCUCAAGAAGCAGCUCAAGCCAAAAUGGCUAGAGAUUUAAGUAAUGAGCUGUAUGAAGUUGAUGUGAUUUUAGAAGAACUACGAGAGAUGGUUGUUAAAAGAUUCAGAAAAAUGUCAACUGAAGAAAAGAGAAAGCUUGGAGAUGCUCUCACCCGGUUGUCACCUGAAGAUCUAAGCAAAGCAUUGGAAAUUGUUGCUCAAAACAAUCCAAGCUUCCAAGCAACUGCCGAAGAGGUGGAUCUUGACAUGGAUGCUCAGAGCGAGUCUACCUUGUGGAGGUUAAAGUUUUUUGUUAAGGAGGCUUUAGAAGUGCAGGGCAAGAACUCAGGAAGCAUGGGUGGCAAUGAAAACCAGAACAACAAACGGAAAAGAGAGUUGUGUGAUGCUAUUGCCAAAACGAAGAAGAAGACCAAGAAGCUUACUUGAAGAUCAUUCAGAGAUAAUUUGUUGCUUUUAGAUUGUCUCAAUUGACUGCUGAUGCUAAAGUAGUAAUUUCAAGAAACAAACCCACGAGUCUGAAGGCAUUUCCUUGGUGAAUGGCAAAAGAUGUGUUGCUAAAAUUUGUCUCUAAUGCCAACCAUAGGCUUUUCAAGUGGCUCCUUGAGAUGUAACCCAGUAGUUUUGAAGGUAAUUUUGGAUGUCUUUGACCCUCUUCGAUGGUGGUUUUCCACUUAGUACCGGGAACCAUGCACUCUUCAUUCUAAGUAGAAUGAAUUUUUCUUACAUUGUGCUAAUUUGUUUGGUUUUAAUUUGUUAUUAGAAACCACUGGCUAAGUCAUGGGAAUAAUGUAUGAUAAGGGGUUUUAUUAUGUUUCA